UCAGUUGAGCGGCCGAUGUGUAAGAAGACCUUUCUCUGCUAUUUUAAAGCGAAAUUUAAAUGGCUCAAAUCAAAAAUAAAAUUCUGUUUCCUGAUCUUAACCGAAAUCCAGAAGAUGAAUUUCCAAAGCAACGCGUGCCUGACUAUGUCAUUUCAGAGGUCGAAAAGCUUAUACAACUUCACGGUGAUUUAGAACUCUUCAUUGACUGGAAAACGCGAUCUAGCGUAACUGCUAGUCAGUUGAUCGACGAUGCUUACAAAAUUGCUUCACAAUUUAAAAGAAGAGCCUGUCAACCUGGAGCGGUGAUUUCGUGCUUAAUCUACAGUGAUGUCAACUAUUUUAGUUUCCUUUUGGCGACAUGGAUGUCAGGCUGUGUCUCGUCAUCUUUACAACAUUCUUUCUCGCAAGAGCUAUUGAUUCAGCUGAUACGAUCUAGCCAUAGCCGCUUAUUGCUGUGCGAUAUGGAAAGUGCGGAAAGGUGCCGAGCUAUUAAAAUUGAAUGUCCUGAAUUAGAAGAAGUCUUCGUCCUAGGCCAAUUCGAGGGCUGCACUCCAUUCGAUCGCCUUCUCAGCGACGAGGCUUUUGAUCGUGAUGAAUUCAAAAGACCCGAACCUUACGACCCAGACGAAACAUUAUCAAUGGUAUUCUCGAGUGGAACAACAGGAGAACCGAAAGGCAUUCUUCUAACUCAGCAGAACAUCUAUAGUUAUUUACUUACAGCACGACCAAAGGCUAACAGACCCGGAAUGAGAACUCUCUUCGUUCCGAGGAUAGGUAACGUCAUGGGCCUCGUUUUCGGUCUUCGAGAUGUGCUCAUCUACAGCAAAACGUAUUUGAUGUCGACCUACCGAGACGAAUGGCUAUUUGCCGCCAUUGAAGAAACCAAGCCGGAACGUGCAUUACUUUAUUUGCCUCACAUAUUGGCAAUAGCUAAACAUCCGAAAUCAGAGACGAGCAACUUGUCCAGCAUAGAGGCCGUAUUUACUGCUGGCAUGUCAAUUAGCAAAGACUUGCAAAAAAAACUAUUCUUGAAGUUGACUUCGCUAAAGACCUUCUUUAUGUUUUAUGGCAUGACGGAGUUCGCCAUCGGCACGAUGCGUCCCUUUUACGAUUACGAGGAAAACGAUCAUCGCCUUGAAGAGUUGAGAAAAAACCACAAGUUGAAACCAGAUUCAGUUGGACACCUCUGCCCAAUGAAUCUAAUGAAGGUGGUAGACGAAAACACCGGGGAAACACUGGGACCAAACCAAAAAGGUGAAUUAUGCUUCAAAGGUCCUUCGUUGUUUAAAGGAUAUUGGAAUAAUGCAGAGGCAACGACGGAUAUCGUAAGGGAUGGUUGGAUACACACAGGUGAUGUGGGCUAUUACGAUGACGAUGGAGACGUGUUUUAUGUCCAGAGAAAUAAAGAACUAAUCAAAUACCUUGGCCACCACGUGAUUCCAUCACAGCUAGAAGCGAUCCUGAAAUCCCAUCCGGCAGUUGAGGACGCUGCUGUUGUGGGAAUCAAAAGCGAAGACUAUGGUGAAUUACCAAUGGCUUAUGCAAUCAAAAAGCCAGGUCACGAUAAAUUGGAAGCUAGAAGACUCGUAAACUUUUUACACGAUCGCGUUCACGACGAAUCUUUGCUGCGAGGAGGACUCGUGUUCAUCGAUGAGAUUCCUAGAAACGUCAUGGGCAAAAUAGUCCGCCAGCAACUGCGCGAUCGAGCAGAAUCAGAAGCUUGGAAACCUUCAUCAUUUCGCUAG